ACUCGCUCCGACCCAAGGCGGAGAGAGCGACGCGCUAAAUGUAAACAGAGUCCCGGUGGGGAGGCACCAGGAAGGAGGCGCCGGGAAAGGCUUCCCAGACGUGACGUCCGGGAAGCCCGCCUAAGGAUGAAGGGCGUGAGAAGGGAUCCCAAUCACCUCUCGGCUUCCUCCAGAGGCGAGAGCCCUCGUCGCGACCCCUCCCCGAACCCGGACUCCGGGAGGACGAGCCCCCGGGGCCCAGGCGCGGGCUUUCGCAGCGAGCCCGCGGACUCACCGGCGGCGCUGAAGCCGAAGCCGGCGGGGACCGGCGACUGUUCUGCGAGCUCCAGGCGGAUGACAACCAGUGACACACUCAUAGGGCAGGCGCUGGCCGGCGCGGGCCCCGGCGGGCUCAGGCGAGGCUGGGAGGAGAGCCUUGAGGCCGAGCAGCCCGGGGAGGGCUGCGCCGUCGCCGCCUCAGAGCCGCCGUCGCCGCCUCAGCAGCAGCAGCAGCUCCGCGAGCAACCCUCGGGGCCACAACAAGCUGCACUUCCGCCUCCCGGCCUCCGUCGCCGACCCGUGAGGUUACGCAUGCGCGGACCAGCGCGCGCUCUGAUUGGGUGCGGACGCAGCCACGUGGCUGGCGUGUCUACGCGAAGCCUUGGCCCCAACAUGUGCCUAAGGCGGCUUAUGCAGUCCUCCCAGCUCCAGCAGGCCUGGAGGGUGGCCUUCCUGAAACAUGUCCAGGGCAGGCACCAGGGAGCCCAGCGAUGGACACAUCCUGGAGGCAGCACCUACAGAGCGGUGAUUUUUGACAUGGGUGGAGUUCUCAUUCCUUCUCCAGGGAGAGUGGCCGCAGAAUGGGAGCUACAGAAUCAUAUCCCUUCCGGAACUAUAGUGAAGGCCUUGAUCUCAGGUGGCGAAAAUGGGCCCUGGAUGAAAUUUAUGAGAGCAGAGAUAACAAGAGAAGAUUUCUUACAAGAAUUUGGGAGACUUUGCUCUGAAAUUUCGAAGACCUCCGUGCCCGUGGACUCCUUUUUCUCUCUGCUGACCAGUGAGCGAGUGGUGAAGCAGUUCCCAGUGAUGACCGAGGCCAUAACUCAGAUUCGGGCUAAAGGCCUUCAGACUGCAGUCUUGAGCAAUAAUUUUUAUCUUCCCAAUGGGAAGAGCUUUUUGCCGCUGGACCAGAAGCAGUUUGAUGUGGUCGUGGAAUCCUGCCUGGAAGGUGUCUGCAAGCCAGACCCCAGGAUAUACAAGCUGUGCUUGGAGCGGCUCGGCCGGCAGCCUUCUGAGUCCAUCUUUCUUGAUGAUCUUGGACCGAAUCUGAAAGCAGCUGCCAGCCUUGGUAUUCACACCAUUAAGGUUCAUGACCCAGAGACUGCAGUAAAGGAAUUGGAAACUCUUUUGGGUUUUCCAUUGAGAACGGCUGUUCCAAACACUCGCCCUGUGAGAAAGACGAUGGAAAUUCCCAGAGACUCCUUGGAGAAGUACCUCAAAGACUUACUGGGGACCCAAGCCACAGGCCCAUUGGAACUCCUUCAGUUUGAUCAUGGACAGUCAAAUCCCACCUACUACAUCAAGCUGGCUAACCAACAGCUGGUUCUGAGGAAGAAACCGCCAGGGACACUCCUUCCAUCCGUGCACGCAGUAGAGAGGGAGUUCAGGAUAAUGAAAGCCCUGGCCAAUGUUGGAGUCCCUGUCCCCAAAGUUCUUGACCUCUGUGAAGAUUCAAGGGUCAUCGGCACCCCCUUCUAUCUGAUGGAGUACUGCCCAGGCCUCAUCUACAAAGAGCCCUCUCUGCCAGGCUUGGAGCCCAGCCAGAGGCGGGCCAUCUACACUGCCAUGAACAGAGUCUUGUGCAAGAUUCACAGUGUGGACCUCAAGGCCGCAGGCCUAGAAGACUAUGGGAAACACGGGGACUAUAUUGCACGCCAGGUGCAAACAUGGAUCAAGCAGUAUCGAGCCUCGGAAACCAGCACCAUCCCGGCAAUGGAGAGGCUCAUCGAGUGGCUGCCCCUCCACCUUCCCAGGCAGCAGAAGACCACAGUGGUGCAUGGGGACUUCAGGCUGGACAACCUGCUAUUCCAUCCGGAAACGGCCGAGGUGCUUGCCGUCCUUGACUGGGAACUUUCUACUUUAGGCGACCCCCUUGCUGACGUGGCCUACAACUGCCUGGCUCACCACCUGCCGUCCAAUUUUCCCAUUCAGCCAGGUUUGAGUGACUGUGACUUGACUGAGCUGGGAAUCCCUACUGCAGAGGAGUAUUUCAGGAUGUACUGUCUUCACAUGGGGAUCCCUCCCACUGAGAACUGGAACUUCUAUAUGGCUUUCUCCUUUUUCCGCAUUGCUGCAAUCCUGCAGGGAGUCUACAAGCGCUCACUCACAGGGCAGGCAAGCUCGGCUAGUGCGGAACAAACUGCAAAGCUGACUGAAUUUAUGUCUAACCUGGCAUGGGAUUUUGCCAUCAAAGAAGGGUUCCGGGUUUUCAAGGAGAUGCCGGCCACCAAACCGUUAACGAGGUCCCACCAUACGUGGGCCAGGCCACAGUCCCUGCUGAGGACCCCAGGCACAAGGAGCUACAUCACGUCGACAGACUCUUCCCCAGCUCACGCCUCAAAGGGAGCUCUGGUCUUCUCUCCAGAAGGCCUUUCCCCACCAGUCAGGGAGCUGUAUCAGCGGCUGAAGCAGUUUAUGGAGCGACAUGUGUACCCCGCUGAGCCAGAGCUGCAGCGUCACCAGGCCUCAGCCGAGAGGUGGACCCCUUCCCCGCUGGUUGAAGAUCUCAAGGAGAAAGCCAAGGCCGAAGGACUUUGGAACCUUUUCCUACCCCUGGAGACUGAUCCCGAGAAAAAAUAUGGAGCAGGGCUGACCAACGUGGAGUACGCACAUUUGUGUGAGGUCAUGGGCACGUCUCUGUACGCUCCUGAGAUCUUUAACUGUUCUGCUCCAGACACAGGGAACAUGGAGCUUCUGGUGCGAUACGGCACUGAGGAGCAGAAGGCCCGCUGGCUGAUUCCGUUGCUGGAGGGAAAGGCCCGCUCCUGCUUUGCUAUGACUGAGCCCCAGGUUGCCUCCUCAGAUGCCACCAACAUUGAGUCUUCCAUCCGAGAGGAGGAUGACUUCUAUGUCGUAAAUGGUCACAAGUGGUGGAUCUCAGGCAUCCUGGAUCCUCGCUGCCAACUCUGCGUGUUUAUGGGAAAAACAGACCCACAAGCCCCACGCCACCAGCAGCAGUCCGUGCUCUUGGUUCCCAUGGAUACCCCGGGGAUAAAAAUCAUCCGGCCUCUGACGGUGUAUGGGCUGGAGGACGCACCAGGUGGCCAUGGUGAAGUCCGGUUUGAGCAGGUGCGCGUGCCCAAGGAAAACAUGGUCCUGGGCCCCGGCCGGGGCUUUGAGAUUGCCCAGGGCCGACUGGGUCCCGGCAGGAUACAUCACUGCAUGCGGCUGAUCGGGUGCUCGGAGAGGGCGCUGGCGCUCAUGAAGGCCCGCGCGAAGUCCCGCGUGGCCUUCGGGAAGCCCCUGGUAGAGCAGGGCACGGUUCUGGCAGACAUCGCCCAGUCCCGAGUGGAGAUCGAGCAGGCCCGGCUGCUGGUGCUAAAAGCUGCCCACGUCAUGGACGUGGCAGGAAAUAAGGCUGCAGCUUUGGAUAUUGCCAUGAUUAAAAUGGUGGCCCCGUCCAUGGCCUACCGAGUGAUUGAUCGUGCUGUUCAGGUGAGCACAGAUGGUGGAUCGCUGGUUCGUUUUAAUCAUUUACAACAGAUGCAAAAGUUGCUCUCCUUCAGCUGCCCAACCUCCUGUAAAUUGACAGCCGCCCUUUGUCGCACAUUCAGCACACAUGACUUUCCUUUCCCUCCUCAGAAUGACCCUAUGAGGGGUCCUAUUCCUACCUCCAUUUUGAAUACGUGGAAACAGAAGCACAGGAAAAUAAAGUGAUUUGUCCAAGGUCACUCAGCUUGCAAGGAGCUGAGCUCAGAUUUGGGGGAACCUAGGUCCUUCUUACACCAGGUCCAGCCUCCAAACCAUUCAGGGAUGCCUCCUUCCCAAAUCUCAAUCCCUGACCCCAAUGUAGGAAUUUCCUGAUGACAGAAGUCACCUAGCAGAGCAGACCUGGUGAGUCUGGCGUCCCCGGGACGGCAAGUGCGGCCCCACCUCAAGUCUUUGAGAACAUAGUCAUCACACAGGUGUCAGCGGACAUCCCCGGGAAGGUGGCUGUUAGGAGCUGUUCUGAGAUCUUAGGAGCAGGCACUUGUUCCUGGGGCCCCUGAGGAUGAGGGCUCACCCAGGGCUUCCUCCC